AUGAAGGUCAGCAAGUCAAAAAUUCUCGUCCUUGGCCCGCAAAAGGCCGGAAAAACGACCAUCUCUAAUUACUUGGCCGACUCGCUCGAGAGUCAAUAUGGUUACCGGCCAACGAAAGGUGUGCGCAUCGUCGAGUUCGAGAGCAAUGAUCUUGAACUGAAGGGGCAGAAGAUCGACGCUGAUGUCGAGCUCUGGGAUUGCUCAGGCGAUGAGAAAUAUAACAAAUGCUGGCCGGCGCUUGGAGAUGGGACACAUGGCGUGAUUCUGGUGGCGAGUCCGGAACGGCACACUGGCGAUGAUCUUAUUCCGUGGGAACGGGAAUUUAUCGAGCGCGGUGAUAUUCCGAUGAACCGCGUGCUGUUGGUGUUACUGGAUACUGAUCAGACCGCGACCAACCACUCGGCCAUUUCCGAAUUUCGCGUUCCAUCCUCGCUCAACGGGGUUCAUUGCGUUGCUGCCUCGCUGCCAAAAGAUGGAGACACGCUGCGCCUCGAAUUCAACUCAUUCCUUGUCGCCGUCAUAUCCCAAGUCCACGACAAA